GUACGUAACAAAAGGCGUUGAUGAAUUAUUCGUCUAAUAAUUUUAAUGUGUCAUAUUGAUAAAUCGUUCACUCUUUCUUGCGACGAAAAAUUGAGUCGUAAUUUAAAAUGGGCUAUAAAAAAGGGUAAGGACAAGGGGCAAAAACAGCCAAGACAAAUGUCGAGGUUCGCGUGUGAUGAAAAUAUUAAGCAAAAGUGGAUUUCAGCUUGCAUGCGGUUGCAUUUUCAGGGCCGUUUUGCCUGCUGUUCAUACCCUUUUUUUUCUUCCAUUAUGUGUAUAUAUAUACUGAAUAUAUACUGAAAAUAUACUGAAUGCGAGUACGCGUUGACAAUAAAUCGAAAACUAUAGAGGUGCUACCGUUAAAAUCGUUAAAAGUCAAACCCAAACACACAGACAACGCGAAGACCACGAAGCAAGUGGAUAGUGGAGUAGGAAAAAGUGAAAGAGAAAAUAGAGAGAACGCGAAACGUAACGCAACAAGGCAAUAAACAGUGAGUAAAGCAACCGCUGAAACGACGUGCGACGCGUCGAAAUGUGAGUUCCUGCGUGUUUGUGUGUGUGUGUGUGCAUGUGUGUGUUGGUGCGCUGAAAGUGCAGCUGUCGCUUGAAACAAAUAAAACCGCACAAUUUCCAUAUAAAAAGACAUUGCAAGACGCAGCUUGCCAGCAAUAUAUCAAUAAAUCGGUAGUGCGAGAAAACAGCGAAAACCGAAGGCGAGGAGCAAGCGCGACAAGAAAAAAUAAAAUGCAUGUAGAAUAAUUUUAACGCCCAAAAGUCUCCGGUCUGUCGGCGACGCUGACGCUGAUGUCGAUGCCAACGCCGACGCCGCUUGUUGAAACAAAUGCAUCGAAAUACGUGCAUUUCGGUGAAAAUUGAGUUGAAUUUGCACAAAUGCAGUGCUGACAAAGUGAAACGAGAGAAUAAAAAACAAUAUUAAUGUGCAAAAUAUGCGGAAAACUGCUUUGAAAUGUGGAGAGCGCAGAACAGCGGUACACAAAAGAAGGAAAGAGAGAAGGGAGAAAAGGAAUGGAAUGAUGGCCGCUUAUACCUGCUCUGCUUCGAAAAAGAAACCGAAACCAGCCACCAAAAAUGUUUGCUGCCGGCUCUGCCGCUGCUCCUGCUGCACUCUUCGGAAUGCAAACUGGUUAAUGGUUCAUUUCUAGACACAGCCGGCUUGAGCAACUGUGGCCAUAUUUUUUCUUCUUUUGCGCUCUUCCCUUUUGAAACUGUUCUCGCCGCCUCCGUUUUGUGCCGCUCUUCUAAGAUAAAGAGCGCGCGUCUCGAGAUAAAUGCGAAAAAUAUUGUAUCUCAAUGGCCGCGGUGUUUCCGAUGUGAAAAUUAAACGAAACCGUAUUCAUUAUUUUGUGUUUGUUCUGCUCAACAGAAAAGUGUGUAUUAAAAAACCUCAAUAGCACCCACAUUACGACGAGAAAACUCAAACGACAAAACCAUAGUUGAAUUGAGUGAGAAUAAUAUAUAUAUAUAUAUAUAGAGAGAGAGAGAGAGUAAAUACACCGCUACAAUGUCGGAAGAAGUAGAUCGCAACGAUCCCGAGCUGAAAUACCUUUCGGUGGAACGGAACCAAUACAAUGAUCCGGCCACACAGGCGGAAUGGACACAGAAGCGCCUGGUCUGGGUGCCCCACGAGAAUCAAGGCUUCGUGGCCGCUAGUAUUAAGCGGGAACAUGGCGACGAGGUUGAGGUUGAACUGGCCGAGACCGCAAGAGGGUCAUGA